CAAUCAGAUAACCUAUAACGUUUCGCUUCCACGACCUUUAGCGGCGGGAAGAUGGGUAGAGGAUGUACUACGUUUCUCGUCGUUUCAUUAAUGACGUUUAAUGUAAUAUUUCUCUUAAUUGGUGCCGCAAUACUAUGUUUUGCCGUAUAUUGUUAUGUGGAUUCAUUAAUUCAAAGUGCAGUAUCUCGUUCUGGACAUGCCGAUAAAAUGCAGAACUUAUUAUAUGCUCUUAUCGGCCUAGGCUUGUUAACGAUUGUUGUGGCUGUUUUUGGAUGUUGUGGAGCAUAUCAUGAAUCUCGCUGCCUACUUGGAACAUACUCUAUUUGUUUAACUAUUAUGUUCGGAGUUGAAAUAGCUACAGCAGCCCUGUGUUUAGUAUUUAAAGUUGAAACGGAAAGAAGGAUUAUUCAAGCUUUAGAAAAUAUUAUAAUGCGAUUUAAAAAUGAAUCAGUUGAUGAAAACUUUGACAAAAGUGAUUCUUACCGUGAUUGGAUACAAAAAAGCCUUCAUUGUUGUGGUAUCAACGGAAUAAAUGAUUAUCCAGGAUUAACUGUCCCAUUAUCAUGUUGUAUUCCGAAGCAUCGAAAUUGUCCAGACAAAUCUGCCUCGUACACUAUAGGGUGUAAACAAGUAAUUAAUGAUUUGGUGAAAGAAAAAUUUCUCAUGGCAAUAAUUCUUAUUAUGAGUGUUCCAGUAUCAAAGGUUAGUAUUAGUUUGUUUGAACUGCUAUUUUAAUUAUCAUUUUACGUAUGUAUAUUGUUAAUGUUAAAUAAUUGCUACUGCUACUACUACUCACUUAAGAUGACGAUCUGGAUGAAGUAGUGAUUUUGGAAGGUACGGAUGGACGAUUAAUUAUGCGAAGCCAUGUUCUGCAGUGCAUUGGCUCAUGUUGGAGUGCUUAACAAAGGAAAGUUAAAUAAAUAUCAAGUAGGAUUUAAAUGAAGUGAAAUGGGAGGAAAGCAAAUAUAUUAUUUCCCGAAAAUUCGACAAAGGAAUUUUUAACGGUUACCAUUUUGAAUCACUCGCCUACCGUCAAGCCAGGCUCUACAAAACAUAUCUUAGAUGAGUGAUUCCCAAGGAUACUCUAAAAAUGUAUAAAUACUGACUUUCUCACUUAUGGAUCACGAGAUGACCCUUUGACUUCCCAAUGUUUUCUCACUUGUUUAGGUGUCGAGCCGAAAGUUGAUGGGAGACCAGUACAGAUUAAUUUGAGAGUUUUAGAAUAUAUCUUUUCGUCGAGUUUGCUUGUGUAUCCAUCUUUCUAUUUUCUUAGCUAUAACCAGGUUAUAAAAGUGACGACGGUUUUUACGCCAACAGAGGAAUGACUUGUUCACGUUUUAGAAGAACACUUGUAUAUCCGCGCCACUGAGCUACUUGGCUUACAGUUUUUUAAUCAUUAAUUCCUAAUAUAUCAACUUCAUCCAUGAAAUCUCCACUUCAACAGUGAGUAACUUCGUGUAUCACGAAUAUGUCUAGUGCUAGGAAGACCUAUUAGUCCCUUUUAUAAAUUUUAAUAGAGCAAUCAAAAGACGGAGUUGAUCUGAAAAGUUUAAUAUAUUCGCGUUGUACAUUUCGAACAAACUUUUUAUAAAUAUUUGUUAAUUCCUUUUUACAUGAAAGUUAAUAAAAUUCAAAUAAACAAAGGGGUCAUUUUAAACAAAAGGAAUGAAAAAGUUCAUAUUAAAAGAACAGAAAUUCGUCACACUAUCCUAGGCUAUAAAAUGGCCUAGGCUAGAUGUCAAGGUUACAACAAAUUAUUUCUGUACACAAAAAGGAAGUUUGAAUUUUUCAAUAGCCAAGGCUUCCACAAAUCUAAGAAUUUGUUCUUGUCAGUUGAUGUUGAUGUUUAUCCUAUACUCCAUUUCAACUAUAUGUUUUACUAUUGAUUAACAUGGUUUUCGACUUCCUAUGUUUAUCGAAACAGUUGAAACUAACUGGUUUUGAAGCCAUAUAUGUACAUGUUCUAUAAACAUCCAAUCGGAGGUUAUGGAAAAUGUGUCUAGACUACCUCAUAAUAAGUGUCAAAUGCACUGAAUUCAUGUUUAUUCUGAUUUAUGAAUAAUAGACACCUUUAUGUUUGCUCCUAGCCUUACUUCACUAUUGAAGUUUUAAAUUUUAACCAUAUUCCUUCUAAUUUAAUAAUCCCUGUCUGAAACGUCUUAUCAGUUACACUCGAAAUAACUGAAUAGCGACUAAUGUUAUGCUUAUCCAGUAGUAGCCACACUGCAACUUGAUUGAUAGUAUCUAAUCAAUACUAAGGGUUUAGAUAAACAUGAUGCUGGUUACUACUCAGUGAUCAGCCCAUAUAAAAAUCGACCUGAAGGAGGUCAGUCGCUCACUGAUAAUAUCUCUGACUGUCAUAAAGAAUGAGGCUAAUGAUAAGCGCUAACUAAUUAACACAAAAUUUAAGUUUAACGGGACAUUCUUCACAAUUGUUUCCAGUUAUAAUCCAUGGAUAAACAUUAAAUUAGCCAAUCAAUGAGUCACAAGGGACGUAGAAUCUGGCAUCAAUAUCCAUAUCAUCACAGGAAUCUGAAAUUAUUAAGAUGAAUCCUAAAGUAGUAAAAACAGCAACUGUAUCAGUGAUAGUUGAAUACAUUAUGCAUAGACAAUAUAAUUUAAGAAGAAAGAAUUAAUUCGUGGGCUAGGAAAAGAUCUUUUAAAACUCGAGAUUUAAGAAAAGAAAAUAAGUGAGUUCAUCUGUUCAAAUUUAACCAAUUCUUAGCCAUAUCAACUAACGUCUCCAACCGUUAAUUACUAGAUUCUACAUUCAUCUACACGGCUUUUCCGCAAUAGUCAAUAACUUGAUGGAUUAAUGUCAAGUUUUAGUUUGCCUGCUCAUGAAUUUCCUCCAGCUAACAACGGUCAUUGAGGUAGCCAGUGAUUGGACAUACGUAAUACGUAUAUUUUGUUAAUCAUAAUGAUCAUAUUUUUCUAAUAUCCCAACUGUAAUAGCAAAAUUUAUUUAUCAUUAUAAUAAGUGAUUGAAUUAAUCCAAGUGGAUCCAUAUAUUAAGUGUUUGUAUGAAAUUAGUAAACGAGAUACACACCCAUUAAGACAUUAAACAAGAAAGAUUGAUUUAGUGAAGAGUUCUGCUUUUCGGUGAAUUCGUUUUCAAGGAUGUACAAUCACAAAUAUAUAUAUACUUCUUUUUUCAGGAUGAUAGUAAACCUCUGUUAGACAUAAUGACAGUGAGGUAGAAUAAAUAAAGGUAUUAAAAUUAUUUUUCUAAACAGGUAAACUAAUAAUCGUUUCUAUAAUCGUCCUGAUUACAUUUAAUCUUAAUUUCAACAUUUUAUCUUAUUAUACUGAACCAUCCUUUCCCAAUAAUAAUUUCCUUAUCUAUCUUUUGAUGAAUAUUUAAACCAUUAACAUUAACCAUUAACGAUUAUUAGUUUGCUGGGCACCCGGGCAGUAUCACAGCCCUCACACAAAUCAAAUGAGAUUUGUAUAGCGUAUAUGUAUCUGGUGCACCCCUUGUACCAGUAUUUAUCUGUUCAAAUAAAUAAAUAGUUUGCUUAGAAUGCUUGUGAAUUAAGACAAUAUCGAGGCAAUAGGCACAGUAUACACAUAUGCCAAUAAGACUGAUCAAUUACCGUUCUAAAUAACAAUGGCAAUAUAUAAGCACAUACCACCUUGAAAAAAAGAAGUAUAUAUAUUUACUGUUGUACAGCUUUGAAAAUGAAUUCGUCGAGAAGUGAGCUCUUCACUCAAUCAAUUUUAUUUAACUUAUGAAAUUAAUCAAUAGUUAAAAUCCGACCCAAAAUGGUUAUUUAUUCAUUAAAGUAACUGUUAUGUUGAGAUAUAGAGAAAAGAUUGACAGUUUGGUUUGUGCUGUGAAUCGAAUCUAUGUAUAUGUGUAUUCAUAUUUAAUGUCGCCAUUUAUAUUUCUGUGACAUAUGAAUUACUGUACUUCAUUUUUUCAUCAUUAAGGUUUACUUUACUUAACACCUUGUGUUUUCUGUGUUCAUCAAUUGAACAUCAAGAGUAUUUUUUUCUCAAUCCCAUACAAAUUUGGUCUGUUUCAGACCAAGUUACUAAUUUUUUUUAAUAAUAAUAUUCAUUUUGGCGAUAAAAUCCUCUGUAGGCUUCAACAAAUUAUGCAGGGUACUCAAACCAUGAUCCGCACAAGUGGAUUGGAAAGAAAAAAAGGUAUAAAUGAACAAUAUCAAUGUACAAUAGGGAAUACAAUUCAGAUAACAAUACAACCACAAAUUCAUUCCUUUAAUUAAGGGAGUUUCUUUCAAUUUUAUGAAGAGUUAGGUAAAAAAUUACAUCUGGAUUUCCGCUGGCCUCAAUCCUGAAAUAUAUACGAUAACGUCUCAAGCCAUCGAAUUAAGCAAUGUUUAAAAUCUCAAGUGAAAAAUGGUGAUGGUCUUAAUCAGUAAAAUUCGUUCAGCUCAUUAAAAACUAGAUAAGCAUGUUAUUGAUCACUAUUCAGUGUUUAAUUAAAAUGUUAAUAUCUCAGUCCUACAGAAAGUCAGUCACGUCUCGUGAUAACGUUUCAAACUCCGAAGCUUGGUGAUGUGGGUUUUUAGUCCUGAAAGGAGUUUCCUCAAUAUUAUAAAUAAGCCUUGUUUAUGAUUAUCAAGUAGAACGAAGUCUUUAGUUGUGAUUCACUGACGCAUGCAAAUUUUAUACAAUUGCCUUUCAUAUUAUGGUACCAUAUCAUUAACUAACUACCUUUCUACACUCGAUCCCAAUCUCAGUAAAUAAUGCCUGAUUUGAAAAGCCCGUAUGAUAGUCGCGGACUAUGUACUUUAGUCAUCUAAUUCAAUGUUUCAAGAUGGUAUUAUAUAC